AUGGGUGUUGAUCCCAGAUCCACCCAUUCUUGCCUCCUCCUUCCCUCUUGGCUUCAGCUAUGCAAGAAGUUCAGAGUGAACGCUUCACACUUCCCUCUGUUGCAUAGCCACUUCAAUGUAUGGGGUUCAGCCAUGCUCAAAGGUCCGACCACGGCAACCUUGGACACACCACCAAACCACCAUUUGUUCAACACCAUCUCCAACAAUCAUCUUGGUCAAAUGAGUCCGCUACUCAAACGCCGCCAGCAUGCAAAUACCUCAAAUGGCUCAGUGCCAGUCAUCAAUUUCAAUAUUCCAAACAAUGUUUUCCAAAUAUUCAAACCCCCUGCAGCAGUCCGUGUAACACCUGUCCAAGGCACCACCCUUGUAACACCUGUCCAAGGCACCGCCUCUGCCCUGGUCACUCCCAUUGCACAUAUCUCACCUCAGCUUUCUGUUACUGAAAUGCUAGUCUCUGCUGAUCAUGUUCCAGGUCCCAAGCUUCCUCUUGAAGAAUUCUGCAGGAUGUAUCAUUUGACAGAUGGCAUUUGA